GCCUUUCAGAAAGUGCAGCCUUUCCGAAUGCCAUGGGCUGUCCCUUCUGGCUUCUUGUCAUUCCUUUCCAAAGUGCCUGGAGCAGGAUUUCAGAUGAGGCGUGGUACGAAACAGAAGAUGGCAUCUUUGCACAGGUCCAAGUGGCACAGAUGCCUUUCCACAAGAACUGGGCGCAUUUGCCCAGUCCACCGGAACGCUUCUGGAUAGAGGUGGGCAUGAACAACUGGGGCCUUGCGGUGUGGGACGGCGAUUUCGGCCCCAAGGAUUUCGUGAUUGGCUUUGAGCCUUUGUUGGACAAAUAUGGGGAGCGUCUGGCGGCGUAUCGGCCCAUCACACAAGGCACCGAGGGCACAGGGAAGAGGCGCAUUCUGGGGCUUCAGCACGAGAGAGGUAUGGUGUUUCCCUUUGCCGUGGGUUGCAAGGGCAUGGUGGAGCUUAGUGUGCCCGAGGAAGAUAGUUGCAGCACGAUCUUACCAGUCGACCCCAACAGCAUCCCUGAUAGCUUUGAACACCCGAUGAAGGAUGUUUUUGACUACAAAGCUGACUGUGUCACAGCCGGAGACAAGCGCUUGGUGCCAUGCAUUUCUUUGGACUAUGUCAUCAGAGUUUGGCUCAAUGGACACGAAGUUGAGUAUUUGAAGAUAGAUGCAGAGGGUGCCGACCUCAUGGUGGUUCAAUCUGCUGGAGCCAUGCUCUCCAAGGUGAAGACCGUGUCGCUGGAGACGCGGUGCGAUGAGCUGCCCAGACCCUGGGAUUCGCCGAAUUGCUCCACGAUCUUGCGGUACAUGUACAAGGAAGGCUAUUUCUGUUACACGACCUUCAGGGAGCAGCUGGUGAAGUGCGGCCCGCCCAACAACAACAUCUGCCGCAUCUGUGGGGCCUCCGUGAUCGAUUUGACCUUCACGCGGAUGAAAAGAUAGCAAAAAGACGCAGCAGCACAGAAAGGGAGGAGGCAAAUGUGUGUCUGUUUCUCUUGGAUCAUGUAAUUUGCAAAAUUUGC